UGAUGAAGAAGGAGGAGGAGGAAGAAGAGGAGGAGGAGGAGGUCCGCCUCUGUCUUCUAUCACGUCCUCAGUGGAGAGUUAAAUCUCCGUGAAUCCAGCAGCGGCAUCAUUGAGCAGAGAACUGCAGAAGAACGACGAUGUCUGGACGAGGCAAAGGAGGAAAAGGACUCGGUAAAGGAGGCGCCAAGCGGCACCGUAAAGUUCUCCGGGAUAACAUCCAGGGAAUCACCAAGCCCGCUAUCCGCCGUCUGGCUCGCCGCGGUGGAGUCAAGCGUAUCUCGGGUCUGAUCUACGAGGAGACCCGCGGUGUGUUGAAGGUGUUCCUGGAGAACGUCAUCCGUGAUGCCGUCACCUACACCGAGCACGCCAAGAGGAAGACGGUGACCGCCAUGGAUGUGGUGUACGCUCUGAAGAGGCAGGGCCGCACUCUGUACGGCUUCGGAGGUUAAAGUCAGCGAUCAUGCAGCACAACAAAGGUCCUUUUCAGGACCACACA